AAAUACAAGGUUUUUAUGCCAUUCAAAAUGACAUGAAAUAGAGGGGUGUAGUUCGGCAAAUUUUUUUUUUAAAUUAUAUGUAGAAUUAAAACAUAGGCGUGUUAAUAGUAUGAGUAUUGUAUUUUGUUAUUAGUAGGUAAUUUAAAAGCUGGUAAUAAAAUGGCCCACUAUUUUCAAACUAUCAUGGAUUCGUUCUGGUGUGAACAUAUUUGGUUACCCCCUAAUACCACUUGGAAAGAUAUAGCUCCUGAUGCAGAUCCCAAUAUUCGUCAUGCCAAUUCAAAACAUUUAUUUUAUCCUUUGCCGAUGGCAUUGGUAUUGUUAUUUUUACGGUAUAUAUUAGAAAAAUAUUGGUUUGCUCCCGUUGCUUUAUCAAUAGGUAUUAAGAAUAGUAGACCUAAAAAGACUCCUGAUAAUCCCGUUCUUGAAAAAGCUUAUUCACAAUCAAAAAAAUGGAAACAUAAACAGAUACAAGGUUUAGCAAAACAAUUAGAUAUGAGUGAAAGGCAGGUUGAGAGAUGGUUACGGUUGAGGAAAGGUCAAAACAAACCUUCAACUUUGGUUAAAUUUUGUGAAAACUCAUGGCGUUGUCUGUACUACACCCUGAGCUUCAUCUAUGGAUUAACAAUAUUGUGGGACAAACCUUGGUUGUGGGAUAUAAGUGAAUGCUGGACAAAUUUUCCUCACCAAGACGUUACCGACGACAUAUGGUGGUAUUACAUGGUGUCUAUGGCGUUUUAUUGGUCGUUGUGUGUAAGCCAAUUCUUCGAUGUUAAACGUAAAGAUUUUUGGCAGAUGUUCAUUCAUCAUAUUGCAACAAUAGUUUUGAUGUGCUUGUCUUGGGUGGUUAAUGUAUUUCGUAUUGGUACACUGGUUUUGGUCGUCCACGAUAGCGCUGAUAUUUUCCUCGAGGCAGCCAAAAUGGCGAAAUAUUCCGGAUACCAAAAAGUCUGUGAUGCUAUUUUUGCUUUGUUUACCGUCCUGUGGAUAGUGACAAGAAUAGGAAUAUUCCCGUUUUGGAUAAUCAAAAAUACAUCUAUAGACGCUCCACAAGUGGUACCCAUGUUUCCGGCUUAUUACAUAUUCAACGCUCUCUUAAUUCUCCUCUUAUUACUCCAUUGCAUCUGGACUUAUUUGAUAUUGAAAAUCGUACAUAAUUCAUUGAAUGCCGGCCAAAUGGAAGGAGAUAUCCGUUCAAGUAGCGACGAUUUUAGCGAAGAUUCCAAAUCACAAUGAACAGUAGCCGGUAAUUGAAUAAGGUAAUAUUAUUUUACAGGAUUUUUCUUAAAUUAUUCAAUCGUAUAUAUUUCAAGUAUUUGAAUAUUAAAUUCCAACAACGGUAUAGCGAAAUCCACGUUUGCAAGAACUAUUCAAAAUAGUUUGAUACUCCGCCCUGUAUACAUUCGACUACCAUCUGUAAAGUCCAAAGUUUUUUCGAUCCAUCACUCGAUAGUUCACCCUGUAUACAUUUGAUUAUUUUCUUAAUUAUUUUUCUAUUUGUAGAGUCCAAAAUUUAUGUAGGGUGGAACAUAUUUCAAUCUAUCGCUCAACAGAUUAACCUGUAUACAUUUGACAUUUGUUUAUCGUCUUAACAGAUCACCCUGUAUACAUUUGUGAUUCUUUUUCUAAAUUUAGAAUCCAAAAUUUAAAUAUAUGGGGUGGAACAUAUUUCGAUCUAUCGCUCAAUAGAUUACCCUGUAUACAUUUGUUUAUCGUCUUUGUGGUUCAAAUUUUUUUAACUAACCACUUGACAGAUCACCCUGUUGUGGUUAUUUGUCCAAUUUUCUAAUUAUUAUUAUUAUUUUUUUAAUAAUUAAUUAUAUUAAUUAUAAUUAAAUUUAUAAUUUAGGAAUCGUCCUGUAUAUUUAUUUUGUAAAGUUUUUUUUGUUGUGAUCUAUACACUAUACAAGGAUUGUACCUUGUUUUACUCCAAAGAUUUAUUAUGUUUAUUCUCUUACAACUUUUUAUUAUGUAUAUUUUUCGAAAGGUAAAUGCACUCAGUACCGUUUCAAUUUUCUCAAAUCAAACAUUCCAAAUCUCAUAUUAAUGUAAAUAUAAAACAAAACAGGAAGCGGAAACACUUUUUGUAAAUAUUUAAUUCAGUAUUUAUUUUUCAGUAACAUUUUUAUGAAUAGUAGACAAUUAAAUACUUUUAUUCACUGUCACCUCAUAAUUAAAAUUUUUUAUUUUCAAUAAAAAACAAGCUUAUAGUAGUCAUCUGUUUUAGAAAUUACACUCCCUGUUAGUUUUUUAUUCUUUUUGUCACAGUAGAACUUCUCCAGCCCCCGUAUCAUUUAAUCAGCAUCUUUAAUAAAGUUGUUAGAAUUCUUAUUAAAAAAGGUAUAUUUUGGUGUUUUAUUACCACAAUCCCACAACAAUUUUUUAAAAAGAGUAUUUUGGUUUUUUAUUGCCACAAUCCCUCUUCUUCUAUCCGUAUUCUUUUAGAUCUCUAUUUUGACGAUAUGGAUGAAGAACUUGAUAAUUUAUUGUCAUUUCCCUUCAUUUUUUAUUCCAGUUAUUUAAUACUUUUUCAUAAUGUUUCCUCUAAUUGCUAUUGUGUUUCCUCAAGGAUUGUAUGUAUGUCUAUCUACUGUGUCCCCACUUCUUGCUGUGAUACUACAGAUCCUCAGUGUUUACAGUUGGUUUAUUGAUCUUAGAAAGUUCAAAUAGAUGUAGCUGCAAGAUAUUUUCAUCUUCAAUCUCAUACGUUCCCAUGUGUAUUGCUCUGGAGCUCUUCAGUUAGUCCUCUGCUAAACAGAGUCUGCACGCCCAUCGAGACUAAAGGACUUCUGUUGAUAUUUAUAGGUUAUUUUUGCUUAAAUUGGUACAUUCAGCAUUAUGGUUAUAGCUUCUCAGGAGGGUUUUUAUCUAUCGCAACUCUUGUAGAUUGUCCCAGGUUUUAUCCCAAUUUUCUUUUCCGAUGCUUUUUCUAUUGUUUUGUAGGUGAUUCCACAAAAGUGUUAGGGUCCUCAAGAGUUAUUAAGUUCGAAUCGUUGGUGAUAUUCGGAUUGAAAACACUGUUUAUACUACCACUAGGACACCAACUGAAGACUGAAAGUAAACUCAGUCUUUGAAGACGAUAACUUGGUUAUCGAAACGCGCAGAGGUAGUGUAAUUGUGAGUGUUGGUGUAGUGAUAGUGUAAACAGUGUGUUCAGUAGCUCAGGAGUUAUAUCAGGUAAAGAUUUUUUUGCAUUUUUACAAAUUGAUCAUUAAUAAGGUCAAAAAAUAUUUGAGGUUCUGAUUCUAAAUGAGUGUGAAUGUGAAUAAAAUUAUUUAAAAUAUUGGUACAUUAAAAAUCUAUUAGUUGAUUAUUUUUCGAGAUGAGAAUUCUCAUUUAACCCGGUUUGGAUACCAACAAAGUAUCUGAAAUAUUUAUAAAUUGUUAAAUAUCCUAAUUGAUUGGUGUAGAUAAUUUUGCUUUCUGCUUAUGGAAUAAUUAGAUUGUUUUAUAUUUACCAAUUUUUUGAUCUACAUCACAGUUAACAAUUAAAAUCGAAUAUAGUAGUAGAUGAACAUUAAACGUGUCUCGGAACAAAUUUCUUUCCUUAAAGAAGAAUCGAAAGUUUUUUAUUUAUUGGUAGUGACAUCAGCUGGAUAGAAUUUUUCACAUAUGUUUAUAAAAGCACAAGUUUUCGCUUAAUGUUUCUAUUUCUAGAUUUUUUCAUUUUUUUUUAUUUUUUUUUGCUAUUGUGUUUUCUAAAUAUUUCUUUUGGUAGAUAUGAUUGUUCUUCUUUUGUUCUCUCCAAAUUAUUUAAACUGUUAUUUUUCAAUUAUUAUUAUUAUAAAUACUAAAUUGCGAGUCUUUUCAUAUUGUUUCGCUUCUUAUUUUGGUACUACUGUGACUUUGCAGAAGUAGUUUAUUUGUGCUGAUUUAAUUUUGCUUUUGAGUGAUUUUGGAAGUACCUAGCUGUCACUGGUUUGAUUUAUACACGUUUAUUUUGUUAUUUCCUCCAAGAAAUUUUUUUGAAUGGUUUAAUUGAUUCUUUUCUUUGUUUAUGCUUCUUGAAAAAUUUUGUGAUUCCAUCUACUAUUAACAAAUAUUUCUUUUUUGAAAAAACCGGAGUACUUUUAUAAAAUUUUUGUGUCUCCUUGCCUCAUAUUUAGUAUUAAUUGUCAAUAUUUUACUACCAAUUGCGUCUUAAGUGUUUAUCGUUAUUGCUUUAAACAUUUUUUAUUAAUAAAUAUGUAAAUAAACACUAUAUUGAAAAAGGGCAACUAUUUUUUAUUAUUAUUAAAGAAUAUCAACUAUUUUGACCAAUAAAUAUCAAAGUCAAAAGUCUUUUUUUUUUCAACUUUCAACUCUUUUUGAUUCCGAUACAAAAUUGAGGUAUAACCCAGGGGGUUUUUGGUCAUAAAAACUACCAAAAAAUAUAAUUUUCAUACUUUUUUACCAUGUCCAAUAAUGAGGGUUUGAAUUUACUAUUUAUUAUUAAAAAAAUUAUCAAUAUUCAAAAUAUAUUGCAGGUUAUAAGUAAUAGGUAGCCCCCCUCAUUAAAACAAUUGGUAAUGCAAAAAUUGGCUUAGCUAAUAAAAUUAUAAACAAUUAAAAAUUGCCAUUAACUAUAUUUAUUGUUAAUGUUUCUAAAAGUUCUUGAUUUUAAGUCUCUUCUUAUUUAAAAUUAGUUUUUUAUAAUUUAUCAAAAUAUUUUGAUAAAGUCUAAUUGAAAAAUUAGAAAAUAAACUAAUUUUAAAUCAAAAAAGACCUAAAAUCCAGAACAUUUAGAAGCAUAAACAUAUCAAAAGGUCUAAUAAAUUAGAGUUAAUGAGAAUAAUCGAUUAUUUCCAAAUGUAUUUUUUUUGUAAAAAAAAUAUUGGCACGUUGUAACGUUUAUCACAAUUUUAUAAGAACCGACCGUCGAGGCUAUUUUUUUUGUAUCAAUCAAAACUUCCAGUGUAUAAAAAUUUUUUGAUUUAUAAAAAUUUUAAUAAAACUUUUUUCAAGUAA